UUUAGUCGUACGGUACAGUAGUAUUGUCUCACACACACACCCAUACACUCUUAAUACCUCCACCGCCUUGUGACGACCCGCCGGACUACCUACCUGCCUGGUUUAAUGUGUGUCCUGAGGGUGGAGCUCACACGGUACUAGACACCUGUUCACUUCGGGUUCAUCAGUCGUGUGCGUGUCUCCGUGUUUGAGAAGAAACAAGGGUGUGGGGAUUAUGGAUUUUGCCCAGCUUAACAGCUGAAGGUCCCACUGCGCAGCCUGAUGAUGAUGAUGAAAAGGAGGAUGUUUACCGUAGUGUGGUCCAGCCUCAUAGACACUAGUAGUUUUGUGUGAGGGGAGAAGACACCUGGAAUCAGACUAGAGGACCACCAGAUAGUCAAGGAGCGCAGAGGAUGUCUGCGAGUACACCUAAUUCAGCCCCGCCCCCUAAAAAGAGCCGGGGGAAGCAGGAGACGGAGUCUGUACAGGCAGCCAAUGAGGAGCUCAAGGCCAAACUAAGCGAUGUACAAAAUGAGCUGCAGCAGGAGAGAGCGAAGGUGUGUAAGCUGCGCGAGCGGCUGCAGGAGCUGCGGGCGCAGCGGGAGGCCGAGCAGCACAGGCAUGCAGUCGCACAGACCGAGCUGCGGGUGAAGCUACGAGAAGAGAAGCAGCGGGAGGUUGCAGCUGUGCGUGACUCUCUGAGCCGGCAGCAUGAGACUGAGUUAGCCCGUGCUGCCCGCUUGCGCCACUCUGAGCUCGGGCGCCUGCAGGGCCUGGUGAAUGUACUGCGCAGUGGCAACGGUGCCGCCGAGUUGAGGGAGGAGGCGCGCGAGGAGGCACGCAGGACCUAUGAGGCCGAGAGACUGAAAUUGACACAGGAGCUGCAAGAGGCCAAGGCAGCACGCAGACAGGCAGAGGAAGCGCUGACCAACGCUGUGCAGGCUGAUAAAUCCAAAGCAGCUGAUCUCAGAGCAGCACAUCAGGCCCAUCAGGAGGAGAUCCAGAGGAUCAAACGUGACAGCGAGAAGGAAGUCCGCAGACUGAUGGAGGAGUUGCGGGGGAGGGACCGUGUAGUACAAACUUUGGAAAAGGAGCUGGGUGUGCAAGCGGGUCAGACCCAACGCCUACUGCUGCAGAAAGUGGAGGCCGAGCGGAACCAUGGCAGCCCCAAGAGAGAGGUGGCUCCUGCCCUCGGAGAGAACACAGACGGCGUCAUUAAUCAGGAAGUAGAUGAGCGGGAUACUCGCAGAUUCCAGCUUAAGAUCGCUGAGCUGCAGGCUGUCAUUAGGAAACUGGAGGACAGAAACACACUGCUGUCAGAUGAGAGGACUGAACUGUUAAAGCGUGUGCGGGAGACAGAUGGACAAAUGAAGCCACUUUUAGAGAAGAACAGACGGAUGAGUAAAAAGAACGAAGAGCUCUUGCAGACCCUGCAGCGCAUGGAGGACAAACUAAAAUCCCUCAGCCGUGAGAACGCUGAAUUAAAGGACAAGGCAAUCUUGGACUCCCAUCAAGGAGUGCUGAAGAGGACCAGUUCUCUGACAGAUCUAAGCCACGCCCACGAGGAGCAGGAGGUGGAGUUUCUACGGCUACAAGUCAGUGAACAGCGCAACGUCAUCGAGGAGCUCACUCAGGAGCGGGAUAGACUGGUAUUCAACAAAAAGAACAAGAGGAAAAAUAUCAAAUUGCCAAAGAGGCAUGUUGUGGAGACAUAUUUUGGAUUUGAUGAGGAGUCUAUAGAUUCAGAAACGUCGUCCCUGACGUCGUACAACACAGAUCAUACCCCGGUGACCCCAGAGGAGGAGCUUGAGGAGGCCUUCUCCAGAGAGGAGGCGGAGCUUCGUUUUCGGCAGCUGACUCGAGAAUACCAGGCACUUCAGCGAGCGUAUGCUCUCCUCCAGGAGACCACGGGCCCUCUUGACCCCGAGAGACACUGCAGGACGCGGGAGCAGCUGCAGGCCGAGCUGAAUGCCUGCCAGGCGAGGAACGCUGACUUGGAGAGGAGCCUGGCAGAGAAGGGGCAGGACUCAAAGUGGGUGGAGGAGAAGCAGAAUCUCAUUAGGAUAAAUCAGGAACUAAGAGAAAAGAUAGACUUACUGGAGCAGUCCGAGCUGCGUUUGCGCUCCGAGGUGAGGGACACACAAGACCAAAAUGAGCUGCUGGAGUUCCGUAUACUCGAACUGGAAGUAAGAGAAUCCUAUGUUCCCACGGCAACAACCAGGGCUGUCCGAACCCCACUGCUGUCUGCAUGAGCCAAAUAUGUAGAUGGCUAUACAUGCAUACGCACACACACACACACACACACACACUUGCACUGCAUCUGUGCAUUUUUAUGUUAAAUAUCCAUCCCUGUCAUUUUGUUAUUCUGUUUAAUUGAUGUACUUUAUUGUUUUCUUCAGUUGAAUAGAAGCUGGAAUAAAAUUGAUUUGAAUCAAGCUCCUCACCAUUAUGAUUUAUUUUUUUUUGACUCCAUUUCCCGCAUGUUAUACCCGUUGUGUUCUGCAUGCACAUGCGCUUGCGUUGCAUCGCGUGUACUUGUGAGCACACUCUCGUCUAGACCGAUCUCCAUGUAUAUUCUUUUAGACAUCAUCA